GAAGCUUCCUGGUGAGAGACAUCUGAGGAAAUGUUCCAGGAGGAACCUCCUCACACAGCAAGGAGAGGAAGCAACAUGCAGUGAGAGAGACCGCUGGACUUCCCAGCAGAAGGACUGCUCCACGCUGAGACAGAGAAAGAUAAGAUGGGACCUAUUUCUGGAGUGCAACAAUGCAGAAUUGACGAUCGCUUUUGACGUUCAGCCUAUGGAACACAGAGACAGUUACUCCACAAAGAGCUGGGAUGCGCUGUUAUACUGUUCUGUAUGAACUAGACUCUGGAACUUCAUCAGAUGUCAUCUCACUUGUUUGCAAAGAAAACUACAUUUCCAAAAUUGGGCAGGAUCGACGCCCUGUCUGCUGAAAGGGUAAGGGGGGUAAAUCCAGGUGAUCCCCCGUUAAUCAGGAUAUUAGGAAACAUAAACUAGCGUUUGCUUGCGCUGAAGUGUGUUUCUGGUGACCAGACAAUAGUCUGCUUUUGCCUCCGAGUUUUCCUUCUUUGUAGAAUCAGCCAAGUGUCCGCAAAGUGCUUAAACCAAAGGGAUGUUUUGCACUUAUGUUAAUUAAGAUGUUUUAAAAUAAUUGCUUUCUCAAGUUCUAGAUCCUUGGCAAUAAACAAAUGCUUGGCUGACCGUCUGCGACACUGAGUAUCUCGGAACAGAACAAUGAAAGCAAGGUGACAUAAAGGCAGCCGCAGAAGCAGACUUCAAAGAUACAGAUUUCUAUUUGAGAUACAAAAGCUUAAGAAGUGCAAACGUUGGACUUUUCUUUGGUGUUUUUUCAAUAAAUAUAUUUAUAUAUUGAAAGAAACAAUUACGGUGAUUCAUCCGAUGUCAUUUGUGGGUUCAAUUUACCAGCAGGCCCCGGAAUUAUGUCAUAUCCGCUUGCCUGAAAUAUAAAGCGUUGCUGUGAGGAAAACGGACGGUCUAACCUGAGGAGCUUACAAAUCCAGACCAGCUGUUGAGGCCUAUUGGAGAUGCUAGAAUUUGAUUUGCCACUUUCACCAUGGAAACCUUCAGGCAACUGAAGCCUCCGGAAUUGUGGUCAUGUUCAUCGACGCCAAGCGCCAGGCGCCGACGGUUCAAGCUAAAAAAAGGUCAGAGGUCACCGGAGUUAGACGUCCGGAGUCAAGCAGAGGGGGCAGCGGUCAUAGGGCAAACCCUGACUCCCCCUGCCAUAGAGGUGACCCCAUCUAGUGAGGAUGAUGCAUGGUCCAACUGUUCCACACCGAGUGCGUCGCCAAAGAGACGCAGGUCGCUGCUGAAGAAAUGGCUGAGACGGAAAGAAGGACGAGGAUGCUCCGGUAGUAUCACCCCCCGCAGCACGCCCAGCAACUCCCCCGCUUUGCGGAAACGUCUGGUCAGCAACGAGGCGGAAAACAUGGUGGAGAAGGGGUCGGAGGGCUCCUUUGAGAAGACACCUGGCGCACAAACUCCCACUUCCCCUCCUCCGGGGGCGCUGCCCAUAAACCAAAACAAUGCCCAGCUGCCCACCCAAACUAACUCCCUGCCCGGAACGCCACUCCCUCCUCAGCUCAGUGGACGAGGAUCUAUUUGGAACAGCAAGGUGAGUACACCGCAGAAGAUCCAGAGCUUCUACAGCAUGCUGAGCCCCAAUUACAAGCAGCGCAACGAGGACUUCCGCAAGAUCUUCAAGAAACUGCCCGAUUCGGAGCGUCUCAUCGUGGAUUACUCGUGUGCCCUGCAAAAAGAUAUCCUGCUCCAGGGGCGGCUCUACUUAUCGGAAAACUGGAUCUGUUUCCAUAGCAACAUUUUCCGCUGGGAAACCAUGAUCACUAUCCAGCUGAAAGAGAUACGAUGCAUCAAAAAGGAGAAAACCGCCAAGGUGAUUCCUAACGCUAUCCAAGUGUGCACCGAGAACGAGAAGCAUUUCUUCACCUCCUUUGGGGCCCGGGACCGUUCCUUCUUACUGAUCUUCCGCCUGUGGCAGAAUGCACUUUUAGAUAAGACGCUCUCCCCCCAGGAACUGUGGCACAUCGUUCACCAAUGCUAUGGUACAGAACUGGGACUGACUAGUGAGGACGAUGAUUACGUGUCUCCCCGUGAGCUGCUGAAUGGUCUGGGCGUCAGCGAAGAUUUUCCCGAGGUCCCUGAUCUGAGCGACACGUCUUCCCGUGACACUAAACUGAGCACCAGUCCCAAGCUGCAGGCCACCGAUUCUUUCACCUCCCUUGCCAGCAGUGAAGGGAUGCUAACGACAGCAGAAGACAUGACCGGACAGUCGGACGCGCUGACAGACUCUCAGCUGGAUGGCUCCUCCAGUCAGACGGUGACUCCUCUCUCGGAAAUGGCCAGUACGGGGCUGCUGGACUCCCUGCCUGCUCUGGACCUUCUCCCCAGCGAGGACCUGCCCACUGACCCAAGCAACAACUCCACCCCUAGCUCCACUCAGGACGAGGAUGGUAGUUGUCUCUCUAAAGAUGGCAUCUUCACGGACCUGCCGGGCAGACUGCAUAUAAAUGCUGUGUACCACGUCGCCGCGGAGCGCCUGCAGCAAGCGCUGACCUCUGACACCCGCUUCAUGAGCGAGUUCAUGGAGCAAAGAAAGUUCACUGAUGUCAUCGUGAACCCUUGGGUAACUGACAGCAGCGGGAAACAAUCUAGGGUUAUCAACUACACUAUUCCCAUCAAUAACCCCUUGGGACCAAAGUCAGCUCCCGCCGUGGAGACCCAGACUCUCUACAGUUUGAAGAGAUCAGUGUGUGUUCUAGACACCCAAGUCAUCACGCAAGGGAUCCCGUACCAGGACUAUUUUUACACCGCUCAUCGGUACUGCAUCACCAGCGUGGCCAAGAACAAGGCCCGUCUCAGGGUGUCCUCCGAGAUCUGUUACAGGAAACAACCGUGGAGUCUGGUACGGAGCAUCAUUGAGAAGAACUCCUGGAACGGGAUGGAGGAGCAUUUUAGACAGUUGGAUAAGACCACCUCCUCCUAUAUAUGUGUGCUAACAAUGCCCACCCCCACCUCUAUCUGCACCACUCCCCUUCCCAGCUCAGAGGCAGUGGUUAAGUUAGAGCAGUCCUGCGUAGAGGAGCUGGGGGUCAGAGAAAAGCCAUCGCUGCGGCGACGUAAGCGGACGCUGAGCUGGAAGACUCAUCACGCGGACCCACUGAAUUCAGUCUCGGCCCCGCUGGACAGUGUGAGGGGAAGCCAUCACUCCAGAACCUCAGGCAGUAUCUCCUCACAGCUCUCCCACCUGUCUGACCGAGGCUCCGUGCACAACAUCCCCACUGCCCUUUUCAUCAUCAGUAUUGUCUUGUUGGUCCUGGUGGUCCUAAACAUGAUGCUAUUCUACCGCUUGUGGUCCCUGGAGCACACCGCUCGGACAUUCCAGACCUGGCAGAGUUACGCUGUGUCCCAGGGGAGGUUUCCGCAGACCUCCGCGGAUUGGGCAGAGAUUCUUGAGCUGCAGAAACGUUUCCACAACACAGAAGUGCAGAAAUGGAAACAGACACUGCGGGCAUCGGUACAGCUGCUGGAUGAGAUGAGAUCGUCUUUGCAAAGGCUGCAGCAGGGGGUCUUGCUGAAUGAUGCCACCACAGAACCUCAUGAGGAAGAUGCUCUGUCAUGACAAGCAACCUCUACUGAUACUUCCUGCGGAUUAUCUCCGCAGGGGAGGGAACUCAUUGUUGGCCAGAGCCGGGGAGGGCAUGUGCUCUCGGACGACCGGAUGACAACCUGGGCACCUGUACAGAUUUGAGUGCUGGGCGCUGACACCUGUAGGGAAUAGAUUGCUGGAUUCUAGCUCCCGUCAAGGAUAGGAGUUAUUAGGAUACUCGUCUCAUCGGUGAUAAUAAUAUGGAAUACACUGCAUUCUGGUAGUGUCAUAGAGCCGCUACUCCAAGGAUAUAGUACAUCAUUUUCAGAUAUUUAAAGGACAAAAUCACGAAGUGGAUCGUCAAAAGGAACAUUUUUUUGUCUCUGAAAUGGUUGUCCUCCUUUUCCUUUGGACAGCUCUAAUAUCGUAGUGAAUGAACAUGGUCUCAAUGUAUUUUUGCAAAAUUUUCCACUGUCAUUCAAAGUAGAGACUCGUGGUAACUUUCCGGUGACAAGUUAGAGAGUUUGACCUCUGACCUCGGUGGUCAAUGUGGAUGAAUGUGAUUGCUAUGGGGCGGGUUUCCCAUAAUGCAGCUAUGGAAUUCCUUUAGAAACAGAGUUACUAGUCUACCUGGAACUUGCCGGUUUGGCCAUGUCCAUAGUGCAAGACGUUAGAGACACUUUUAACAUGGGCGUUCCCCCGAUAUUGAGAUAUUGUGGCACCGUUGAUUAAUUAAGCUUUAGCAUUCAAUUCUGAGAUUUCGUCUUUCUAGUUAAAUAGAGAGGCACUAACCACAGUCUGGCUUGCGGGGGGAGUCUGGUUAACUCCAAACCAGCACUGCGAUUCUGGCCUUUGAUCUCGAACACAUUCCUGAUAAGGAAACAACAGCGCCCCCUUUGUUUGCCGCAACGGAAUGUAUUAUUUGUAGAAAGCACUUAGUUGGUUUUAUUCUGAGAGUCUAAUAGAGUCUUUUGCAGCCCUGUGAGCUAUGAAUGUUAGCCCUGGUUACUUGUGUGGUCCUUGGGUGUGUCACCAUCUUCUGCUACAUUAGGUGGCACUUGUACACAGCCACCCCACCGCUCACCCCUGGUUGCUGUCCGCUGCCUGCAAGAAUGCCCACAGUGACUGACGUAGAAAGACAAGUAGAGGUAGGAGUGUUACUUCCGCUCCUUCUCCUCUCCUAUCACUCCCUCACCCUUUUCUGACUAUUCCUCAUACUUUCUGUCCCUCUUCUUAAACUGCUCCUCUCACUCCGUUGUUCACUGCACUACAGUUAUUGCAUGAGACUUGUGUCAUUCUACAGUAUUUUUUCUCCUGCAAUUAAUUGCAAAGCAGCCGGUGAUCAGAACACUGGGGGUGGUGGGGAGAGGCAUGUUAGGGUCCAGGAGAGAAGGUGAGAACUUGAUCUCAGCCGCCAACCCAAGAUGGAUCCUCCUGAGGUGACGUUCUCACCUAGCCUUUUUGGAGGAAUGACCCUGGUUCAACCUCCUCUAGUUCAGACACUCCAUGGCAACCUUACUAUAUAAUCUUAGCUAUUUAUUUAUUUUAUUUUGAUGAAAUAAACUCUUCGCCAGUAGAAGAGGCACCUUUUAUUAGCCAUGUUAUCAGCUCCUCUCUCUCGCAGAACAUAUAAAGUGUAUCUGUAGCCUUCACCAACUGGAGACAGUCUUUGUUGGGUGGAACCAAUAUUCUUGAAAAGUUAGUAUUUUGGAAAAGGGGUACGGAAAAAAAAUUCUCUCUGGCCACUUAAAUAGUCCAAUAAUUUCCCUCAAUUUGGAGGGCUAAUAAUCGUUCUGGAUACGGCAAGAAAAUAAUCUAGGUCAUUUUAAUUCAUUCCGUGAACAUUUGCUGGGGACCAGUAACAUUAUGGAGGCUUAAAAUUUGUUGGGGUGGAGGUCAUAUAACUCAUGUUUUUAAUCACUAGUGUUUAUUAGCAGUAUCUAAUUGUAGACUGCACUUAAUGCUUAAACAAUUUAGUGUAGUAGCAAACUGGAUAUUGGAUCAGCCAACAGAAUUGCUUCUUUCACAGGACAUCUUUUACGACCCACAUUGGCUGUGCAGUGCAAAACGCGUUAGUAUUGCACUAUUGUAACUAUAUUUCCCAUGCAGCACCCAGCAAUGUGGACAACUAAUUUCUACUCAAAGGAGAUGUCUCCUCUAGCUAGUAGUAAUGGGCAGGAAAAAAUAUGAAGAGACGCUGUGAAAAUGGCUAAACGUCAAAUGAUGCCCAACAACUUACCACUUUAGAACCCCAACUCCCUUUCCCCAAAGAAAAUGUUACAAUUUUUUUGAAAAUAUUUUAGCCUAAAUUAUGUCAUAAAUUAAUUAUGAGACAGAGGAGAAAACAAAGCCGCUUUUAUUCCAUGCGGCACUUUAUGUGUUGGAAAACGCGUUUUAUGUUGGGCAAAGCCACCUAAGAAAUGUGCUAAAGUACAACAGGAAGACACACAAUGCAUUGCAGUAAGGUUGAUGCAAAAAUCAUGUCCUUCUGUACCUGGUUAUAUGCCCCUCCCUCCAACUCUUUGUGUUAUUUUAAUCUUGCUCCACUAAAUCUCGUUUAUGACUGCGCCACAUAAAUAGUUGCGCUGGUGUACCUGUCACCCUCAAUCCCUCUUCUGCUUAUCCACGACACUGUCCUCUUUUUCAUUAAACCCAAGAACUUUAGUGGAAAGUAGGCGUACUUCUGCAACUACAAGUGCGCAGCUACUCUAAAGAUAUUCUUGCGCUGAUGUUUUGCGCUUCGAGGCUCAAUACACUUUAAAUCUUGUGCAAGAGACUUUUUUUUUAUUGUUGAUUUAUUUGACUACAUGUAUUACGUAGACCAAUUAUCUAUUAAUUUAUUUUGCUAGUAGACAGAUGACCUUUUGUGUUAAUUUAUUAUUCCAGUCAAAGGCCUACAAAGUAUUGUGUAAUUAACGUCAUCGCUACCACGCAUUUCACUGUAGGCUCAGCGCGUUCUGGGGUUCUCGGCUGAGCUGCAGAAUUUUAUUUCACUGCCAGUAUCCCCAAAUGAUGUAUGUGUGUUUAUUGCACUAGACAGAGGCCUUGCAAACACAGCAGGAGAUGUAACAAUGGGCGGGACCCAUUGGUGAUAUGUGCAUAAAAUACCUCACCAGACUCUGUCAGUUCGUUGUAAAUAACAAAGAAAGAAAAGGACGGUUUGACUUGUGUGCUUGAGCAUUGGACAGGGCCCUUAGGCAGGCUAGAAACCUACAGGCCUUCUUAUUUUAGUGUCAUUGUGUAUGAUUGUAAUGACUUUAAUUCUGUGCAGUCGUUUAAUCGGCACAGAUUAAUUUUGUGUGAUAUUUUUCAUCAACCCAAACAUAACCCCAAGGUCUUGCAGACAGUUGAAAUGUCAACUCAACCCAGCUAUGAAAUGUGAAGUCCUACCUCGAAAUAGGUACAAGUCCUGUCAUGGCCCUUGACAAUGAACUCUGCUGACCGCUAAUUCCAGAAAUGGUUAGGCAGUAGGUGGGUCUGUCAACUGUACCAUGGAUAUGGAAUACCAGUGGAGAGCAAGAGAUCCACAGCAGUAACAAGUAUUUCUUUAGAACAGUACUGUACUAAAAAGUCUGUGUGAUAAUGUUGAUGAAUACGAUGAUGUUUCAUGAACAGUUUUGCUGCUGGAUGCUGGACAGCUAAUGUUUCAGUAGGAAAGAUGUUCAUUGCUGUUUUAUACUCUAACCCUCCCUGGGCUAACAGAUGAGCAUUUCAGAAAGCCAAGCUUUUCCACUUUUUUGAGCCAGAGUACUGAUACGUUGCAUCCAACGGGAGCUGAGGUUCUCAAUUUGACAGUAGUUUUCAUGGAGAAACGCGUUGCACAGCAUGCAUCAUAUUAAGUGGAGAAGCAAUGGUUUCUGAAAGGCUUCUCUGCGGCCAUCCUAUUCUUGCAAACCCUAAUGUAUUGUUCUUGAUGUUUCGUAUUGUUUGGUGUUUUGUUCCACAUAGCCAACAACUGUGGAGUUUUCACCCCUGCUGAUUGAGAAGGUGGGUGAAAGAGAUGUGCCCUGAAAGCCUUGAGACUCUGCACAAUCUCUGCUUGUAGUCCCUCAUUAGCAAUGGGUUUCUUGAUGGUCAGGAGAAAGUCCAGCGGUCUAUCACUACCAUUCUUCAAUAGCCACCAUCUCGGCUCCUCCACACACUGUAUUAAGUUAUUUUGCACAAGUACAUGUACUGUCACUUUAAAAAGUAAUACUCUGAAUCUAGUUAGAGGUGCGUCUGUAUAGGGAAGAGCUGGGAAGGGAUGGGUGUAGUUUGCAAAAAUGUUUGGGUGUGUUCUGCACUGUUGCGGGGAUAGCAUGGCCAUUUUGGACCCACUGCUGUCUUUCAUUGGCUAUGAAAGUAUUAAUUAGGCAGAGAUUGGUGUUUCUGUCAUCAAGCCCUGUCCGUAACCCCAGGGCCAUUAGUUGCUAUAGGAGAUAAGGGACUGCAUGGAGAGAGGUCACAGCAGUCAGAUCUUUGAGGAUGGAGUGCACUCUCACAGUGGUUGGUCUGACAGUCCCUAGACUGUCUAGUCCCAAUAUUUAGGACAGUCCUGAAUUGAGCACCUCACAGUUCUGACCCUUGUACCUCCUCCCUGCACAAGGGGAUGGAUCCUGUUGAAUGAGGCUGUUACCGUAGGCUGCCUUGAAGAUUCUUUUGUCACCCCCCCAAAAAAAAAAUCCUCUUUCUAAGAUACAUUCCCCCCCCCCCCCCCCUCCCUGCGAUACUUUUUUUUUCUCUUACAAUUGAAUAACGCAGUCUGUUUUAUAGCCGCUGGCAGUGCAGUUUCAGGCAGACUUGAAGACACUGUGUGCGUGAAUGUGUGUCAACCGCUAAUAUUUAUUAAAAAAUCAUCUGAAACA